ACACGGGCACAGACGGGGGCAUGGGCUGCUCAGCCCUGCCUGGCAGAUCUCUGCCCUCCCAAAGGAUGGUGACUGCAAAGAGCUUCAUGAAAUAUUCACUGUGCUGCCUGAGUCCCCUGGCUCAGGGCUUAAUGGAGCUGCUGGCACCGGCCAUGCAGCCUCCAGCAGAGAGGGCACUGGGGGCCUUCAAGGUUCCCCCAGGCAUGCGGGUGAGGAGAUGACAUUUCAUAGCUGCUUCCUGCUCGGGAGCGCCCGUGUCUGUGUUUCUGGUGCAGUGUUGAUAACUUGUCUGUGCUUCUCUUCAAGAAGAGCUGGUGGUUCGGUUGUGUUUUGGAAGGGCAGGCUUGCAGCACGACCUGCUGUGGUGACCCAGGAUCAUCCAACCGCUCCUCACCAUCUCCUGCUUCUGCUCCUUGCUUGAGCACCCGGAGCAGCAGCUUUGCUGUCAGGUGUGUGUCCUGUGGCUCCUGUUUGAGUGCAGUUGGUUGGACACCACGGCAAGCAGGUACCUCUGUGCUGCAGGACCCACAGAACCCAGGCGAGUGGAGGGAGCAGAGGGCAAAGGCAGGAGUGGGUUUCUCUCCUUCAGCUUCCCCAGUGGAGAGGGGACACCCUUCCUGCUUCUUCAUCCCUCCCCAGAAUGGAGGCUGUUCUCACAUCCCUUCUCCUCAAGCUUUCCUUAGCCCACAGCAGGCAGGUCCUGAGAGGCUGAGUACUUUGUGUACUCCCCGAGGACAAGAACACCUUUUUCAGUCUGACUUUAGGUUUACUUAAGUGUUUUUAGACGGAGAACAGAAAUGUCCCAUAAUUACAGUAUUUAAGACAGGUUCAUGCAUACAGUCGGCACUUCCUGCUCCUGCCUCCUGGCAAUGGUUCAGUGCCCUUGAAGCUGCAAAUCCCCAGGCUGAGGAGGGGGUGAUUUGCCACCAGCACAGUCACAGUGGGGAGGCCAAGAGGCUUCUGUGUGCAGAGGCUGCCCGCUGGUGCUGGUGUGCAUGGGAGAAGGUGGCAGGGCUUUACAGCAGAGGAGCUGCUCCAUGGGCAGAGGGCUGCUGCUCUGGAGGGGUUUGGCUGGUCAUAGUGGUGAUGAUGCUUUGCUGCUUGUCCAGGGGUCAAUCUGCAGACCCUAAAAGUGUCACAGGUGAAGAGCAGCUCCUUGUACAGCAUGUGCCGCCAGCCAGCCCUGCUCAAACUAGGUAACUAUGGCAGUGCCAGAAGCAGAGCACAGCAAUAAAGCUGUUUGUUUGAAAAGGAAAUGAGAACCAGACUAAUUCAGGUCUCCUGCAGUACUGGUGAGCAGCCAAUGGAUGUCCCGGGAGGCUGGGCAGGGAGGAUGGGUGGGAAGGGGUCCAGUGAUGCUGCUGCCACUGGUCCCUGUGACAUCUCACUGCAGAUGGUGUGAGGAUGCUGUGCCAGAGGCACAUGCAGGUGGUGCUGGCCCUGUGCUUGCUGCUGGUCCUGUGGCAAUGCUUCCAAGCCCCCAGGGGUGGCAUCAGACCCGUCCCUCAGGCUCCUUCCCACCUUGACGCCCCUGCUGCCUACUGCACCACCAGCACCAACAGCUCCACAUGGUUCAAUGCCCGCUACAACAUGACCAUGGAGCCUCUGCUGACAGGCACAGCCCACGAGCUCUCCUCCGACGUGCUUCAGUGGUGGCUGACACUGCAGGGUCCCUCGAGGGGUGUUCAGCUCCAGGCCAUACUUUGGCAGCUCUUCACUGUGCUCCCGGCUCCAACCGGCAGCAUGUGGGACCCAAACCACUGCAGGACUUGUGCAGUGGUAGGGAACUCUGGAUGGCUGAAGGGCUCCGGCCAUGGGCUGCGGAUUGAUGCGCACGACUGGGUGCUGAGGAUGAACAGGGCAAAGACUGCUGGCUUUGAGCUGGAUGUUGGCCUGAGAACAACCCAUCACUUCAUGUACCCAGAGAGUGCAGUGGACCUUGAGCCUGGCGUCCACCUUGUCCUCGUCCCCUUCAAGCCACUGGACCUGCAGUGGGUGGUCAGCGCCUUCUCCACUGGAGAGCUCACACACACAUACAUGAGAGUGAAACGGUUCAUCAAAGCGGACAGAAACAAGGUGCUGAUCCUGAGCCCAGCUUUCCUCAAAUACAUCCAUGACAACUGGAUGCAGCACCAUGGGCGAUACCCCUCCACCGGCUUUACAGCCCUGCUCUUUGCGCUGCAUGCCUGCCAGCAGGUCUCCGUGUUUGGCUUCGGAGCAGACACCAAAGGGAACUGGCACCACUACUGGGAGAAAAACCGCGGGUCCGGAGCCUUCCGCAGGACAAGGGUCCACGAUGCUGACAUCGAAUUCAGCCUUAUCAAGAGACUGGCAGCUGAAGGCAGGAUUAUAUUCCACAGAUGAUGCAUUUCCAAGAGGCUGAAGCCAGGCUGUUAGUGCAGGAACUGGCAGCUCCCCCCGGCUCUAUAGCUUGCUUGUGCUGGUCCCACCAGCUGGACAGUGUGGGUGCCACGCUCCCAUGUCAUGAGAUGUUGCACACAGCUGGACACGUGGUGGACACGGCUCUGCCCAUUCUGGUUAGAAAAGGAGAGACAUGAAGCUGGAAGUGCAGGUGGAGCCUAUGAGCUGCUGUGCACACCCCUGCAGUGGCUACAAAGCCAGUGGGUGACAGCAGUGGUGGUGGCUGUCUGCAUGAUGAAGCUUCUGGCGGGCGUUCGUAGUUCUUUAGGCAGUCUUUUUAUAACUAAGGAAAAAACUCUGAAGCUCUGUCGAAGAAUAAGAAAGGAAGAGAAGUCAAGCAAGCUGUCUGAAGACAGCAGAAUCAAGUGCAGUUUAACUGAUCUUUGAAUAAACUUUGAAAACACAGGUGAAUCUAUUAUUAUUUGCUCUAUUACUGAACUAUUACUGCUUUGGGAAAACAGCACAGUCUGCCUCAGCUUCAUCUGCAGAACAAGACUGCAGACCCUGAAGACAGCUCCCCAAUGGAGGUUUUCUUCUCCAGAGCAGGGUUAGCAGGAUGUAUUUUCCCUUCAUUCAAUCACAAACAUGAACAUCCUUGACUCAAACAGCUUUUCCACAGCUAUGAGUCACUUGGUCUUUCAGUCUAUUAAAAUCACCACAUUUUAAUAGAAUCUCACCUACUCAUAAGCUCUUUAAUACCAGAAGCCUGUAUUACUUAUUAGCUUCAAUGAUUUUUUAAUCUCCAUUUCUGUGUCUUCUGUUCCUCUUCUCUGUCAUACCCAGUUUCCCACACUGAGUCCAAGUCUUGCACUUAACCUACUCCUCACCUUCCCUGUUUUCUCUCAGUCCUAAGCCAUGCUCUGUGCUAUGUGCUCAGUGUUUUCCUGAGCUUUACAAGUAGUUUUCUUAUGAAAGGCAAAUGAUAGGUGGUAACUGUUUAACUGUGGGUUAAACUCUUACUGCAUUAUUUCCAUUCAUCUUCCUCAUCCUGAUUAAAAGGUUUAGGUACCAAGCUGUGUGCUCUGCUGUGGGACUGAAGCUGUUCAGGUCACUUUUUGUUCCUCAUGUGCCUUUCCUCACACUGUAAUAAUAUAAUCCUGACCCCAUGGAUUUAUUAAACAUCCUUGUUUCAAAUGUAGAACAAAAACUACUUUCAAAUUAAUUACAGAAUAGCUUUUACCUUGCAUUAUCUGAUCCUGGGCCCACCACAGUGUGCACUGUGGCACCAACCGCUUGGAUCAGGUUAAUACCAAAGCUGGGAUUUAAGAGCAAUGAUUCUGGUUUGCUUCAAAGUGAGGCAGGAAUCCACAAUAUUUCAUUUCUCCACAUUACUUUCAAAUUUAUCCCACUAUAACCAAGCACUUUACUCACUUGUGUAAGUCAUUAAGAAGACAAAAACCCCA